AUGGUAUCCACCACUACUGAUAUUCUAGCCAAUCGGGUUUCGAGGAACACUGCGUUGGCUCAACAGCUUGUUAUUUCGUUUAUUGCUUUGCAAUCCUGGCAAGUGAAGAAGAGUCACAGAGGUGUAUCAAUUCAAACCAAUCGAGCUGGAAUCCCUCAAAUAGCCUUUACAAUGAAGGCAGCAGACGAGCCUGCCUACCUCACAGUGGGGACCGAUGUGAGCGCCAAGUACAGAGGGGCCUUCUGCGAGGCCAAGAUCAAGACCGUCAAGCGGAUGGUGAAGGUGAAGGUGGUGCUCAAAGGAGACAGCACCUCCCAGGUGGUGCAGGAUGACCAGGUCAAAGGGCCGUUGAGGGUGGGCUCCACAGUGGAGGUGAAAAGUGCCGAGGGGGGCCUCAACCAGGGAGUCAUCUGCAAACUCACUGACGCCAGCUGGUACACCGUGGUUUUUGAUGAUGGGGAUGAGAAGACACUCCGAAGGACGUCUCUGUGCCUAAAAGGCGAAAGACAUUUUGCUGAAAGCGAGACCUUGGACCAACUGCCCCUAACAAACCCAGAGCACUUUGGAACACCUGUCAUUGGCAAAAAGACAAACCGAGGACGGCGGUCGUCACUGCCCAUUGCGGAGGAUGAGAAGGAGUCUUCAUCCAGUGAGGAGGAAGAGGAGGACAAGCGGCGGCUGAAUGACGACUUGCUUGGGAAGGUGGCCUGCAUCCAGUCGAUGCCUGACUGGACAUCUUCGUAUCUUGCCCUGGUGAUAUCCCCCAGCUGCAGUGAUGACCUGGCAGUCAAAAAGGACCAAUGCUUAGUGCGAUCAUUUGCAGAUUCCAAAUUCCACACCGUUGCAAGAAAAGAGGUCCACCAGUUGGAUGUAGAAGGCAUCUUCAAGCCUGAGUUCUCAAACAAGAAAGGGCUGGAGGAGGCGAGGAUGUUCCUCAAGGCUAAUGUAAUCCCUGAGAGCUGGAAGAUGGAUAUGAGUGAGAUACUCGAGUCCUCCAGCAGCGAUGAGGAAGACGGGGAGGGGAAAGAUGGCGAGGAGGACGAGAAGGAAGUGGAGGAGGAAGAGCCUGAGGUGGAACCAGACCCAGAGGAGAGGGACCACUUCCUGCAGCAGCUCUACAAGUUCAUGGAGGACAGAGGGACACCCAUUAACAAACCACCCGUGCUGGGCUACAAGGACCUGAACCUCUUCAAGCUCUUCAGACUGGUGUUCCACCAGGGAGGGUGUGACAAAAUUGAGAGUGGGGCUGUGUGGAAGCAAAUCUACAUGGACCUCGGCAUUCCUGUUCUGAACUCUGCUGCCUCCUACAACGUGAAGACCGCUUACAGAAAGUACCUCUACGGCUUUGAGGAGUACUGCCGCUCGGCUUGCAUCCAGUUCAGAACCAUUCACCACAACAACCCGCGGCCCCCCAGCCACAAGGAGCCCAAGGCAGAGCCACACAAGUGGAGGGCAGGCCCAAGGGCUGAGCUGCCUCUGGAGGGGCCGGCAGAGCCAGCGGGCAGUGAGAAGAAGCCGCCGGCAGAAGAAGAAGAAGAGGAGGAGGAAGAGGAGGAGUUGAGCAGUGAGAGUGAGAAAGAGGAGCGCAGAGAGAUUCGCUCCCCCAGGGCGGGACGGAGGUGCACCCUAACCCCCGUCAAAGUGGAGGGCAAGGAGCUUGUCAAAGCAGAGAAGGCCAAGGAGGAGCAGCCGAAAGGGGAGCCGUGGGGGGAGGAGCAGGAGGUGGCCAGGGCGGACGAGGCCCAGGCCGAGGUGACAGCCCAGGAGGUCAGCGGGGAGGAGCGGGAGGCGGCACUAGACGCCGACACAACUCCAGGGAAGAGGGCCAAGCCCGAGAGGCGCAGCCGGCACCUCGAGGAGUCUGACAAGGAGUCAGAGGAAGAGGAGGAGGAGGAGGAGGACGAAGAGGAGAAGGAGGGAGAGAGGCCCAUGCCCAGGAUACGUGACGAGAGGGAGGUGGAGGGGGCUGAGGAUGAGGACCCAGAACACACGCUCAUGGGGACCAAGGUGAAAGUGAAGUACGGGCGUGGGAAAACUCAGAAGAUCUACGAGGCCAACAUCAAGAACACGGAGACGGACGAUGGGGAGGUCCUCUACCUGGUGCAUUACUACGGCUGGAACGUCAGGUAUGACGAAUGGGUCAAGGCUGACCGGAUCAUCUGGCCCGUCGACAAAGGCGGAACCAAGCGGAAACAGAAGAAGAAAGUGAAGAACAAAGAGGAUGGAGAGAGGGAGGAGAAGGAGGAGGAGGACAAGCAGGUGAAGACAGGGGCCAAGAGGGGGCGUCCCCCGCUCCGGUCUACCCCUCCCUGCGUGUCGAGGGGCUUCUCCAAGACGCCCAGCAGCGAGAGACACCCCGGGGGAAAGAGCGGUCGGCUGUCAGACGCCUCGCCGCUACCUAACGGAGAGGGAACACCGCGUCGCCGCACCCGGAGGACAUCCGGGCUGUAUGACUCCGACAGAGGCUCUAACGAAUCGGGGAACUCCUCGGAGGAGAGCGAGUCGGACGACUCCCCGGACAAGCGCUUUGGCCGGGCGGAGAGCACAGACCCUGCCACGGCGCGCAAACAGGAGGAGGAGGAGGAGGAGCGACGCGCGGAGGAGGGCCGGGCCAUGGAGCAGAGGGCAGAGAGAGGCACAGCUGAAGAGCAGGGGCCAGAGCCUGAGCGCGCAAGUAGCCCUCCCAUCCCCUGGCUGGAGCCAGCAGAGCUUCAGGAGGAGGCCCCACGGCUGAAGGAGCCGGAGCGGCUGGAGCCAGCACCAGGAGCGCCGGUUGAGCCCGAGAGGGAGGAGGAGCGGUCCCCCCGACCGAAGGGCCGCAGGAGCCGCCUGAAGGACCCGGGGCCCGAUCCGUCCCCCACCGCCAACCACACAGAGGCCGAGCCCCCCUGCCUGCCCGCCCUGAAAAAGCUGGAAGAGUCUCCAGAAAGGCCACCCUGCUUCUCCCCGCCCCACCGGCCCAACGACUCGGACACGGACUCCGCCACGGAGGAGAUCUGCCGGGAAGACAGGAGGCCGCCCAAGCGCAAGGCCCUCGAGCAGCGCACCCCGGAGAAGAAGGUCCGCGGCCCGGAGAGGCUAGAGGAGCCGGGCCCUGCCUCCCCCGAGAAGGGGCCAGAGCCCUGCCUGGAGGAGGAGGCUGAGAUGCCUGUCUGCACACUGGAGGUACAGGGCAAAGUGGAGGUGGCACCUGGGGCGGUGUCUCAGGACGAAGGGGAGGGGCUGCAAGGCGAGGAGGCUGUGUCGAGCCCUGAGGAGGAGCUGCUGGCCCAGAUGGGCCCGGAGGCCCUGGUGUGCCACGAGGUCGACCUGGACGACCUGGACGACAAGGACAAGCCUUCCGGAGAUGAGCUGUUCUCCAUGAUGAGAGGGGAGGAGAAGCGUUCCGGAGACGAGCUGUUCUCCAUCAUGAGAGGCGAGGACAAGCUGCGGCCGAACCCUCCCUCACACCUCCACCAUCACCACACCUCGCCGGGCUUCUCCCCUGGCCCCGACAACAGCCCCGGCGAGUCCCACAGCACCAGGAGCGAGAGUGACGUCACCAUCGAGGUGGACAGCGUGGCCGGGGAGUCCCAGGAGGGCCUGUGUGAGAGCGAGUCGGCCAACGGCUUUGACGCCAGCACCAGCUCCUCCAACUCCAGCAUCUCCCUGCAAGACAGGGAGGCCAAGGACCGAGGUCAGAAGAGGUCGCUGGACUGCAACGCCGGCUCCAGCGCAAAGAAAGCCAAGCGGAACCAGAAGCGCUCAAGCGCAGCGCUGAAGGAGAAGAACGGUGCAGGGCACAGCAGCGACAGUGAGGACCUUCUGGUCAUGGACACCUCCAGCAAACUGUCUCCAGUCAAGCACUCUGUCCCGUCCAAGGCCCAGAAGCUGGCCCGUUCCCCAGCAGGGGAGGGGGACAAGGACAAGCACAGGGACAAGCCAGCCUUCCCCUCUCCACGCACAUACAAGUGGACCUUCCAGCUGACCGAACUGGACAACAUGACGAGCGUGGAGCGCAUUGCCUUCCUACAGGACAAACUACAAGAAAUCAGAAAGUACUACAUGUCCCUGAAGUCCGAAGUCGCCUCUAUUGACCGGAGGCGGAAGAGGCUGAAGAAAAAAGAGAGAGAAGUGUCCCACACUAUGGCCUCCACGUCGUCAGGCUCCUCGGACACGGCCAUGAGCCCGUCCUCUGCCUCGCCCACCCAGAACACUGUGGCCCUGGAGUGCAGGUGAUGGCAGGCGGCACCUUCUCUGCCUCUCUCUGCCUUCCCAGCAUCCCGCUGCCUCUGUGGAGACAUGUACUGAACCUGACGAUCCAGAGCAAGCGGCCAAAAGCACUCGACUGCCCCCCUCUUCUUCCACCCCUCCCCUUGUCCCACAAUUCCAUCUGCCACAUGGCCGCUCCCUGCACUUUGUAAAGUGAUCCCUUCUCUUCCUUCUUCCGCCCUUAUCUACCAAUCGUAACAUCAGGAAGCUGAAUGUGAGUUGAAUGUAUGGGGGGAAUGUUGAGUUUGGUUCACAAAUCCAACCUUGCAGACUUGCAGUUCAAGGCACUUUCACCUCCCCAGAUGAAAUCGGACUCUUUUAGAUUCCAGCGCUGGGACCGCUUUGGAUAUCCUUUGGUUAUCCUAUGUUUAUAUGUUUCCAUCAUCAGAAUAAGGCAAACACCAGGCAACAUAUGUGGAAAGGGUCUUUUUUUUGGGUAACGGUCACUGUUAACCAGCUGAACAUAGUUUGUGGAAAAGUCUAUUGUGCUCGCUCGCUCACUCUAUCAGAACUGCCAAAGUACACGUUACAGCAGUGUGUCCUCUUUUGAAAAAGCGGGACAAAUUCAGUUGCGAAUGGGAAUGUAGUUUACUGAAAACUGCAGCUGUCGUCUUCCACUCUUGUAGUAUUUGAGCACAGAUAAUUAUGCAAAACUGUAUUUUUUCGAUGUCUUUUAAAAAGAAAAAAAAAAAGCCGAAAUGUUUACAGUGGAAAGGGGGGUUUUCAGUGGACUAAUUUCCUUUGCAAGUGUAUUUUGUCUUUUUUAUAUGUAAUUGCAGAGUUUUUAUUUUAUUACGGAAAUUUCAAAAAAGAAGGUAUAUAUCACAACCGUGUAGUUAUUUAAUGAAAGAUUUCUAGACAUGAAAUUUUGUGUAAAAUAAAGGUAUUAUCUUGCAACUUGUUAAAUAUAUUUAUUCAGACAGUGGACAAAAACAUUUUUAUGUAUUUUCUACAAUAUAAAUAAAACGGAUUGGAACCUUCCAUGUUCAGUUUGGACUGGGGAAAAAUAAGAUUGGAAGAAUGAGAUUAUCUAAAAGCAAACAUUGACAACUGUGUUGUACAUUGACUUGUUUUUCCUCCUGAAUCUUUGGGCCCAAUUUCUUUUUCGUUUUAAUACAAUUUAUAAAGAGCACCUGAAUGCGCCUUCACUUUUUUUUUUUUUUUUUUUUUUUCUCCUGCUUGUAUUCAGAUUGCCUGGUACUACAAUGUCUUUUAAUUUAAGUGCUUAUUAUAAUAUUUUAUUUUAGUUUUGCUCAUUUGAAUAAAAUAAAAAAAAGUAUUGCUACAGGAACUUUUGUCAAGCCCAGGGGAUUCUCUGUUUCUUUUGUAUAUAGAUCUUUCAAAACCAUGUAUUUGAAAAAUACAUUUUACACAAACUGUAAAAAAAAAAAAGAAAAAAAAAAAGAUUUAUUUUAUGAUUUUUCAUUUUUAUCCAUCUUUGUAUAUUAAAGUUUUCUUUUCUAAAUGUUAAGUCGGUAAACUUUAGUGCACAUCCAUAGACUGUACAUUAUGAUUCAUUUGGUUUCCAGCAAGAGUCUGAACCAGACCCUCUAGUGUGAAGUAGAACUGCUUAACGCAUUGUACAUUUUUAUGCUUUAUAAACUUUUUAUUUCAUCAAAAUUGUGAAGACUUACUUCCUUUAAAAUGAAAAUGUAUCUACCGAUUCCAGGAUGAAGGAAAAAACCUAUUGGAUUUCCUAAGCAAAGCCAUUGUAUCUUUGUAAAGUACGCAGAGCUCCCUUCGUUUCUAAUAAAAUUUUCAAAUAAAA